AAUAGUCUUGUGCUUCUUAAGUUCUCUAGUCGUAUCACAGGAUCUGUUUCGUCAGUAGUCAACGGGCAAACAAUUAAUCUUCAUUAUCCAAAAGAAAAAGUUGCUUCAUUUCUAGUGGAGGUGUUAAUUGUUGCUUUGACCUGUGCAAACAAAGCGCAGCUCUACAGAUUUUUCGCGUUAGUAGCUCACAUUUCCAAUCAUAUGAGCCGAAGACAAACAUGGAUAAGCUUCUGUCAAUCUUGGAAAACGACUCCUUACACUUCACUUACACAACAGUCGCUGCAGCUGUAAUUUUAACUUUGAUCAUCUCCAGGUUUUUCUCACGAAGGAGGUCGGUCGACUUAGACCAGAAAUAUGUUCUAAUUACUGGCUGCGACUCUGGCUUCGGCCGUGAAACAGCCAUUCGACUGGACAAGAUGGGAGCGUGUGUGUUGGCGACUUGCCUGACUGAGGAAGGAGAGCAGAGUCUAAAGUCCGCGACCAGUGACAAACUAAAAACAUUCCAGUUGGAUGUGACAAGUUCAGAGCAGAUCAAAGAUCUUUACGAAGAGAUUCAGGGACUCCUACCCUCCGACCAAGGUAAUAUUGAUUAAGACCUUAUUGUAUUACUCAGAGUGUAGGCAUGCAAUACGUGCAAACAAACCACACAUUCAAAGAGGUGAAAAUGAUGGGCAAAGCAGAGCUUACCGUUCCUUUUUAAAGUUCGUUUUGAACCAAUCUUUAGAUUAGAAUCUAUAGAGUUCACGAUGUUAAUAGAAAUAAACCUCCCUUGGUAAGCCUCUACAAAGAAAACAUAUUAAUUCAAGGACGAAACAUUGGUCGCUACGGAACAAAAUAUUUCUUUGAACCUUUGCUUCUCUUACCUACAUAUUCACUUCCUCUAGUUCCGAGAGUGCCCCCCCCCUCCAAUUUGAGGGGGUGGAGCUUCCACUGGUAAGUUUAAAAUAUGGACUGCGGACUACGGACUACGGACUACGGACUACGGACUACGGAUUACGGACUACGGACUACGGACUACGGACUACGGACUACGGACUACGGACUACGGACUACGGACUACGGACUACAGACUACGGACUACGGACUACGGACUACGGACUACGGACUACGGACUACGGACUACGGACUACGGACUACGGACUACGGACUACGGACUACGGACUACGGACUACGGAAUACGGACUACGGACUAACGGACUACGGACUACGGACUACGGACUACGGACUACGGACUACGGACUACGGACUACGGACUACGUACUUCGGACUUCGGAUUACGGGCUACCAUUUCAAUAUAUACCUGAAAUGUAUCGCACGGCUCAUUAAAUUCAAAACAUGCUUGCGAAAAGGGGUCUAGAAAACAGAGACAUUGCUAAGCAAAGAAAAUGUGCCGAGCACUUGACUUCUUUCUUUCCACUAUUCCUCAAUUUACAUUGUAGUCCGUGCUUUUUAUUUCCUGUCCGCAGUUCGUAGUCCGCGUUUCAUACCUCAGUCCAAGUUUUAUACCCAGUCAGUAUUGCAUAGUCCGAGGUCUGCUGUGCUUGUUUUGUGCUAACCAGGGAUUCCGCCCCUACCCAACUUGUUUCUCGUUUUGGCCGGACACGUCUAACGAAGGAACACUUUUCUGAGUGCCGAGGUUGCAUUCUAAAAUAAGGUUCCAAUGUAUUACGCAAACCAAUAUGUUGAUGAAAAUACAAUUGGUCACUCGUUUGAUGGAAUUAUUUAGUUUUCCUUUUCUGUUGCGUGAUUACCAAAUAGGUAUAUGGGGAUUGGUAAACAACGCUGGGAUCGCCAUUACUGGACCAAUAGAAUGGAUGCCUUUACAAAAAUCAAAACGCAUUGCUAAUGUUAAUUUGUGGGGAUUGAUUGACGUGACUAAAACCUUUCUGCCGCUUGUCAAGAAGACCCGGGGCCGAGUGGUGAACAUGUCAAGUAUGUUGGGUGAGUCAUUGCAUAUCUUUCUGUGCCCAAACAAAAUCAGAUUUAUUUCAUCAUCUUUUAAAUGGUAUUGAGGUGUAGAUGCUGUUAUCCCUGACCAUACUGAUUUAGGCAUAGUGUAGAUGCAUUUGGCGGCGGGGGUCCCGUUUUUUUUUCAACUGCAUAGUUUAAGUCAGCCGCUACAUCAGCCCUCAUUACAAGCGCUGUGACACGAGCGUGGCUUUGCUCGCGAAAAAAUAUGCGUCCUUGAGCAACGCAAAUCGGUGAAAGGUCUGCCAGGGGUUCCAGCACUGAUAAUUUUUGUCGCCAGACUAAUGGCAAAAUUCUCCCGACACGUCUCAAAUUUUCCCGCGGAAGGAGAAGCACGCGUCCAGCAACGCUAAAAUAAUUAGGAACUGCUCGGAGACUACCGCCACAUCAGCUAGGCUAAAAUUAUUAGUAUCUUUGAUAGUAAAUGCGGGAAUUUGAUGUCACUCAAAUGAAGAAACAGUUUUAAGGCAAGCUAAAUAAUUCAUCAGAAAAAAUUUAAAAAUUUAACGUCGACCAGGUAGUGCUGCCUUGGCAUCGCUUUUGUUUAACUUUUCCGAGCCAAACGUAAGACGUAAGAUGUCCACACAAAUAGAGUGGAAGGAUAACGCUUCUCAUACCAAUAACGUCGAGGAAACCAUGCUUGUCUGGUCAACAUGCACCUCGCCAAUAAUUUUAAAAACUUGCUUUGACAAUGGAACCGUAAACAGAAGAGUUUUAAGUCCCUAGGCAAAGCACUCCUCCUUUUUCACGAGUCCGUCGCGCGAGUCAGAAAGGACAUUGAUAUUGGCACACUGCGUGAAAGUCUGAGAGUUGGUCGCCCAAAUAGUAGUUUUUUGUUGUUGUUGUUUUUGUCUUCUCUAGUUGUUUAAAUGUCAGUUCAUUAAUUUAAAAUACAGCGUAUGGCCGAAAACUUAUCUUUCCGCUGAUAAUUUGCUGAUAGGCCCUAGGUCUAAGUAACUUUUGCCCUCUCCUUCUGGCCUGCGCGGCUGGCGCGGCUGGCGCGGCUGGCGCGGCUGGCGCACCAAGAUGGGAGAGUAGAGGGUGCUCUAUUGUUAUCUUAGAUCUGAGAUCUCGCUCGAAUUGUCUUAUUUUGCGCUGUCCCCCCCUUCCCACCUCCUUUGUACCUCGACGGUUAUGCGAAAUACAACUGACUUAACAUGAAACGUACUGACUAAAUUUCAGGUCGUGUAGCGUUGCCUAAUGUUUCCAGCUACUGUAUAACAAAGUAUGGAGUGCAGGCAUUCUCCGAUGCCUUGAGGCGAGAAAUGAGCCCGUGGGGAAUACUGGUCAGUAUCAUUGAACCCGGUUUGUUCAAGACAGCCUUGGCGCACAUCGAGCGCAACACUCAAGCGGCGCAGGAAUUGUGGGACGACCUCAGUCCUGAGUUAAAGGAGGAAUAUGGGGAGAGAAAACUCACUCAACGUAGGAAGUUAUUUUCAGAAGUUUAAAAGUAAGAUACCGAGAUAGAUUAAGAAAGACGGUAAAUUUUAAGCGCGAUCGUCAAAUAAAGUCACAUUUUUGGAUAGAAGACAAACGUGUCUCAUCCACAUGGGUACGACGAUUUGGUGUUUGAUCAAAAUGACAAAUUCUACCUGAUGAGUUUGAGUAUUCUCAAUAUCCCCUUGCUGGAGAAUGUCUGGAUAUUAUAGGGAGAAGUUACAUGUUAAUCAUUUAUGAGAACAAAAGAAUAUAUACUGCGUAUAUUCUCCUGCUGGGAUUCAAAGGCUUAAUCUAGUCAUACACGAUGUUUUCGGCCUUGUUGAUCCUUGCAGUUAGCAGAAUGUAUGUAAACUUCAUGUAUGACUCAGCGUGCCCACGAAUGCUCUUUGGCUCAAACCAUCCGAGCGCGUAAUCAUCAUUAAGUCCGAGACUAAAAUCGGCGUAGGGCGAGGUUACCGAGGUUUUUUGUUCCCAGUUCUUGACAAUUACAUGUAAACCUGUGUUUUUUUUCCUCAUCAAAAAGGACACCUUUUUAUGAAAAAACAAAAGGUGUACAUAUUUCAAAUUGCAACGUUUUUGAAAACGGGUGUAUAUAUAUAUAUAUAUAUAUAUAUAUAUAUAUAUAUAUAUAUCUAGAAAACAAGAUCUAUUGAAAAAACCGACUAAAUUGCUGUCCUUUCAAGGGGCAGUGUUUUUUCAGCUAUGUACAUGACCAUGGCUUAAUAUUUUUACCCAUCUUUAAUGUUUUAGCCUGCAGAACUGACGUGAUUAUUAUGCAUUUUCAGGCUAACGGAGGCAAGCACGGAGUGGGAAUCAUGCGCGAGGGGACUGGGGAGGAGCGCAAAAACUCAUGUUCUCCCGCACCGCCCCUCAUGCAUGACUUGCACUUCGCCCUCGCCUCGCACUUUCUUCACGCUUGCAUCCGUUCGCCUGAAAUUGCAAAAAGGUCGCGCUGGUUCUACAGGCUAUUAUAUUUAAACCAUAAUUUAUGUCUUUCUUUCUCUUUUCACAGUCAAAAAGGGAAUUAGUAAAUUUUCCGAGAAUGCCAGCCCUGAUACAUACAAAGUUGUGGACGCUGUGAUCGAUGCUUUGACUUCUCAGCGACCUAAUACUCGUUACGCUGUGGGUCUGGAUGCAAAAGUAUCAAUCUUUAUUUCCUUCAUGCCCACUUUCAUUGGUGACAGCUUUUUCCGAAAACGCCGGUGAUAUGCCUUGGUUACCACGGAGCAUCUGCUUUUAUGAGAUCUCAGUAAGAUGCGUUUUAAAUAUCUGCUGUCUCCUAUCAAAAUCAUGACGUUUGCGUACAUGGUCUUACACAGCAGCACUAAUCGUGUUCUCCUGUAUCACUGCAUAUCCCAACACAGCGGUCAAACGUCUGCGCAUGUGCUAACAUUGUAUUGUAAAGAUUAGGUGGCACUUAGUGGAGUGCUUUCAGGCUAUCAGAACCGAGUUUUCUCACACGAAUUACAUACAAGCCAGUAAGUCACAGUGUUUUAGAAGUGUAUAACUCUUUUGGUAAAGCCCAAAACAGAAUGUCAAAUCGACAGGACACCCGUAAUCAAUAACCUUUGUGUUCGAGGUCUCGAGUUUCCCUCCCUGUCGCUUAUUAUGCGAGACAGAGGUUGUUUCUCAUAUUUUCCUUUGAAAUUUUGCGCGAAAAAGUGGCGCGCGGUUGGCCAAAAUUGAUCCCCUCACGCACACCCUACGUUUGACUGCUGCGGUGUAAGGAAUGUUGGGUAACCCAUAGGAUACCAAUUUCAAAAUACCCACUCACUUUUUUUCUAUAACAACACAACAUAUUUACCAACAUAGUAACAAGCAAAGGACUCUUCCAAUAAUGUGAUAUUCGUUAUAUUCUUAAAUUAAAGAUGGUCAUGUUAUCAAUACCAACAUGCUAAACUGUAAGUUAAGUAAUGACUAUAGGUCCGCAAUAAAAAGAAGGCUAUUCUUCAUGGAAGUCAUUUUUACCCAAGCAAGACAAAAACAACAGUUUCCAGGUUCUACCAUUUAAGUGAAGAGUGCUUUUCGCGGGCGCUAAACGGCUAGCCAUAACACCUCAAGCAGCCCGCGAGAAACUAAGAAAUUCCCAUUCCCAGAGGAAAUUUUUCUCAGUAAACAAUUAGGCUUCACCCAAGAAUUCAAAAGUGGCAACAAAGUUUAGUCGAGCAAUAUUUAAUGAAAAGUUUUCCCAUCUUUGCCACCUCAAUUUUUGGGCGAAAUAUCCCAAUAGAAUGUCUUGUUUAUAAAAACGAGGGAGCUAGUUACGAUGUAAACAAAGAAACAUGUAAUUUUAUUGCAACAUGGUUUCAACAAGAAGACAGAUAUCACAACAAUUUAAGAAAUGACAUCAGAGUAAUUAGAUGAAUGCGUCAGAAAGUUUGGUAUGUCCGCAGGAAAGCGUGACGCACUCUCUACGAAAAUAAAUCUCUCACCGCAACUCGAGUAGCACGUAAUUGCGCCCAUGCAUUGCGAGAGAUUUUUACGUUUCCGUGGAUUUAACAGAAAAAAUUUCAUUUUCGGUGUGCUUAUUAUUCAUCUUGUGACACGGAAACAAUUACUCACUUUCCUUCCAUACUCUUUCCUUUUUAAAGUUCUGCGCACCGAUAGUGUUAUCACGUGAUUUGAACUGAUACCAGGGUUACCGUUUGUCUCCGAUUAAUAUUGGAUUUGAAGUCAACCACGAAGAUAAAAGAUAGUUUUAACGGUUUGUUUUAUCUGAAAUCAAUGGUAAUCCUUGCAUGUUCUGAGAUAAGGAUGUUCUGACCGGCGAAACAAUAUUGUUAAAUAUAUUGUGAAGCUGUACCUUUUCGAAAGCCGAGAACAAUACUUAGUGCAUCUCAUUAGAGAUACAUUCUGCACAUUAAAAGAAAUUGACUUUUCGGUUAGAAUAUUGGUGCAUUCGUUGAGAAUGAUGAAAAAUUCUCAGACUUGAGAUUAAAGAGAUUUAUCGCAGGUAGUAAGGAGAAUUGCGAUUGAAAUCUGGAAGAGUUAAAAAAAAGCCUCUCAGUUGUGUAUAUCAUGGUCGAUUCUAUACUGCCUCCUGAUUUAAAAAGCAAGCAGGUAUCAUAUAUUUAACCCUUCAACUCCCAUGAGUGACCAAGAAUUUCUCCUUACAAUAUCAAUACAAUAUCAAGCAGACAAGUAAUGAGAAAAAAGAAAAAUAUCAAUUGGAGAUUAUUACUUGAUCCAAUACCAAAUUUUCCAAACUGACAUUAUAAGAAUUGUGGAGUGAAAGGGUUAAAGAGUUAGCUAAAUUUUUUUACUUUCAAAUUCCAUCAUUGUCUGCCAACGGAUGCACCCCGUGACCCUAUUAGCUUUCUUACCCUACUAAUUGUGGGCAGCCAAGUUGGGUGGUAACUAUUGUUAGCCAGUCUUUAAAACUUGCGCAACCGAAUCAAAAAUCGAAUCAAUGACGUGUGUCAAGGCAGAAUUGUAGCUGUAAGGAUUCCCAACUAUUUCUCGCUAUCUGUCCAAGUUGCGUAGUGCUAAGUGUACAAAUUCUCACUUGGAACCUUUUGUGAAGCCAGAUUCAAAUGAAUCGUCAGUGUCCAGGCAUAAUUUUGUUUUUGGCGAAAAUAAUUCAUAAUUACAUCGAAAGGAAAGUUCAGUUCCCACGCAGUUCACUUGGAAAGACAAUAUUCAUAAUUUCAUGGUAGGGAAAGUUCGGUUUCGAAGCCGUUCAGUUGAAAAGAUUAGCGUUCAAGAGAAAGAACGAUUGUAAGGACAAAGUUCUUGAAGCAGAGCCAAUUCCUGAAAUUCCACGAAUACAAGGGACAACCUGAAACAAGUCAUGAUAUUGCAGAGGCUUGUUGACAAGCCUAUUCGUGUCGCACAUUAUAUAUAGUGUAGGUUGUCAAGUUUUGAGAUUAUCUCCCACGAUUCGUAUUCCGUGAGCAUAGCAGUGAAGUGGACCUACUGCGCAGAGUUUGAAAAUAAGUGGUCUCAAUUCAAGAAUUUCAAACAUGUUGUUCACAAUCGUUUUGGCAAUAGUAACUUUUGUUUCAAUUUACCUUAUUCUUCCCAUUUUUUCGAGAAAGCGGAACACAGACACCUUAAAUAUAAAAGACAAACAUGUUCUGAUAACUGGCUGUGAUUCUGGGUUCGGUCGAGGAAUAGCUCUGAAACUGGACAAGAUGGGAGCUUGUGUGUUGGCGACUUGUUUGACGAAAGAAGGAGCGCAGAAUUUGAGAUCUGUGGCGAGUGAAAAACUGAAAACUUUUCAGAUGGAUGUUACCGACCCUCAGCAAAUUAAGCAAGUGUUUUGUAAAGUAAACCAACUCCUGGAAGACAGUUCAGGUAGGAGCAAAAAAAAUUUCUUAUUCAGGAUAACUAAGAAUUUGCAUGAUGCAAAAAUGUUGUGUGACAGCGAACUAAAAUAAGACGCUUCAGUUUUAUUUCUCUUUUGUUUCAGUACAUUCUACGUUAAUGAGUGCCUGGAGCUUUUUAGUGAAAUUGUAAUUUUACGUGGAACAAUCAGCAAAAAUCAAUUCGGAUCAAUAUCAGUUGAUCCAUCAAUUCUAUAAGUUUUCUUUUUGCAAUCGUCACGGAAGAAUUUUCACUUGCGCGCGAAUUCAGUUGUGAUUGUGCGAUCUCUCACGGUACAAAAGCGUACGACAUUUGGAAAGUUUAGAUGACUCUACCUACUUCCUCUUACGUUGAGUUAUCUUCAUGUGGUCGACCACCGAAUUUCCUCUUUCAAAAAUCAGUUUUAUAGGUGUGGAGACACGGAAAUGUCGCAUAUCACUAGAUGGAAAAAAAUUGAACGAGAAGUUUCUUGUCCAUUAGCCACAUAUUUUCCAAAAACGACAAACCAGUAGUCUUGACUUUUAGUUCACAGGCAAACAUCAUUUCUGUGCGUGUAGAGACACGGAAAUGUCGCAACAGACAGACAAAACUGAACAGGAAGUUUCUUGUUCAUUAGUCAGGUAUUUUCCCACAAACGAACUGCUUCCACGUUCACCGGCAAACAUUAAUUCUGUACGUGCAGAGACCUGAAAAUGUCGCAGUAGAUAGAACCAACUGAACGGGAAAUAUCUAGCUUGUUCUUUAGCCAGAGAUUCUCCCAUAGAGGACAUGCUGGUAUUCGUACUUUUCUCCGUAAUCGCUUUUGUUCAAGUUUGAUUGUUGAAAGAUUACACUCAGAGCAAAACAGUUUACUGAUCUAAAUUUUUGGAUGUGGUCAAUUAAUGCUUCGAGGGCACGGGAAGGCUUUCCUAUUGGAAGGUCUUGCAUAAGCUUGUUAUCUACACUUCCGCACAUGCCAGGUUGCCUAAUCGUAUUCUCUUAACCAAAAGAGGGAUUACACGCCUAUGCACAUUCAGGCUAUGCUCUCAGCUCUGACGAGUAAAGAGCCUUUUUCUAACGUCUCUUCGUGUAAGCUCGGCAGGGGUAGCCCAAUUAGCGAAGUAUGUCGAAGUGGGACGAAGUGUGUCUUCGUUUCAUAUAAGAAAUUUAAUCCAGAUUCAACGCGGAAAUUUUUAGCCCGAUCACCAUUCAUUUGGCAAUCUCAGCUCGGCUUUGGUUCAUCCUCGUUCGAUUCAAUUCGGUUCAAGGUGACCCAGGCACCCCUUUUAAUUUUCGUCCUGUCAAACGUACCAGCUAGGAUAAUAAAGGGAAAAUUUUCUACCUAGUUACCGAGUUCUUGGUCGAAAAAAACCAAGAUAACUAUUCUUUAGCCUGUUCCUCAGCUCUCAGUCAAAGAGAAAAAGUAAAUGCGUGGAUAUUGUGUUCGCGAAAAAAUCAUGGCGCGAAAAAAAUGCUGCAGCUUUCCCAUGACAACGUAUUGCAACCGCAUCGUCCACUUGCUUGUCAUCUUUGCGCGCUUUUUCGCUCUUUUCCGCACAACGAGAGCCUAGCACAGGCUACCAACCUUCUCCUGAUAAGAACACGCAGUUGUAACCAUCUGUCUGUUGUAUGAUGUUGAGUCAAAAUUGAUCCUAGAAUUUGUUACAUAUACCAAGAUUAUGUGAGUUUUCUUUGAUAAAAACAUGCAGUAUAUCAACACUCAGGUACCAGGGUCAGCUACCAUCAAAAACGUGAUUUACUCAAACACGUCAAUUUUUCUUUUAAACGCUUUCUGAUUAAAAUCUUGCAUUUAUUCCCUUCUCCUCCGAUAUUAAGAUGAAAACUAGCUACGGAAUUCGUUGAAAUGCUCUCGUGUAAGAGGCUUAAAAGAUUUUUUUAAAAGAUUCAUUAAAGUCUAUUUAAAACGCGGGAGAAAGACAUCACAAAAAAAUGGCUCGAUUGGAAAAGUGUUGUUUCGUGGUAGUCGAGACUUCUUAAAAUAUAUCUGAGUAACCUAGAAAAUUUGAAAAAAAUCCUCAUUCCAUCAUAGAAGUAAUGAAUUGAAAUCCGAGGCUGUAGAAUUUAACAAAUUUCUUUAGCAUCCGGUUUUACGCGAGCAUUCAAAUCCUAUUUGUUACGGUUAAUGUUUAAGUCAUAUUUUGGACAAAUCAGAGCCAACAGUUAUAUCGAAACAGCACCGCUGGGGUCGAUCGUAGUCAGGACAAUCAAACAGCUGCUACGAAUCACGGUUUUAGCGCCGGUUUGUACCACCAUGUGGUUUGUAAUUGCGGGAACUGCAAUAUUUAUUUCUUUUUUGUGGUUUUCACGUAAGAAACGCGAAUCAGUUCUGAAUGUAAAUCAAAAGUAUGUCAUGUUAACCGGUUGUGAUACUGGCCUUGGUCGACAAACAGCCGUUCGACUGCACGAGAUGGGAGCGUUUGUCUUGGCGACUUUUCUGACGAAAGAGGGAGAACAGAGUUUGAAGGCGAUAAUCAGCGACAGGCUUAAAACUUACCAAUUGGAUGUGACCAAUUCGGAGCAAAUCAGAGAAGUAUUUUACGAAGUGAAGCAAGUUAUCGGUAAAUCAGGUAAAUACGUACUCUCCAUUAGCUUUAGAUGACCUUCCAUUAUCCGAUAGCAUUUAAGUGGUCUGCUUUAUUGACUUUCAUGUUAUUUACAUUGUCAUUGACUAAUUGCACAAUGACAGUUCUGUCACUGAUUUAGAUGUGAUAUGUUUCAAAUUAGGUUGAAGCCAGAUUUUUCUGAAACAAAUCAGACGCACAAACGCCUGCUACUCAAUUCUGGCAUUUCGCCUUCAAAAGCGAGAACUGUGAAACCUUUUUUUCGCUUCCUUACACGUGUCUUCAUUAAUUUGCGUUGACCCAUUUCCCUCCUACACGCCUACGGUUUGUCUACAAAAAUUAUCAUUUGAAAAAGAUAUCUCAGUUCAACUCAAACUUGUCAACACGUAAUGAGUUUAGGCCGUUUGGCCGUUUGGCGACGCAUACUAAUGAUUCAAUCAGCAGGGCUUACAUAUCGCUUUCGCCUUUCCUUCUACGUAGAGCGAGGUGGAAGAGAGGGGGGCGGGGAUUCGAAGUAAACGUCCAACCACACCGGGAGUUGUUUAAGUGGGAUUUCUCGGAAAAAGGUCACCCCACGGUGGAAUUAAAAUAUACUACGUUUUUUAUGAAUUCCUCACUUUAAAUCCGUUUCGUAAUCGAGCCUCUCCAUUGCUGACACCGAAGGGGCUCUUUAUAGAGGUCAUGAGCAAAGUGCUGCAACUAGAAUUUGCAUUUGUUUAUCGUCUAUUUCAUAUUGUUUUCCUUUUUAUUCAUCAAGUUGGCGUUUUUGCGUGAGAUUACGUUAGGUUUAGGUUACGCCGGUAGCCAGUAUGAACUCAACUAGAGCAGUCGUUUCGUUGGUUUUUGCCGGCGCCUUGGUACUUUGUUUGAGAGUUUUGGUUACCGGAUCUGGUUACGCCACAAAUUCUAAUUUCAUUUCUGUUUCAUGUAGUUUCGUUGUCAUUCUUCUCUUGUCUUGUCUUGUCUCGUUGUUGUCAUAUUUGAACUCAGAUAUUUGUACUAAUUAUUUAUUUUCAGUCGAAUCACGUUUACACGUGUAAAUAUUUACACACCUUUCAUCUUUACAUCUGUCUAUCUUGGGGUCAUUAAACGUGCAUUCAAGUUUGGCGUAAACCUGUAGUAUUUAGCUACAGCAAAGGCUCUUCCAAUAUCUCGCUGAGACAAAGGCUUAAUACUGUGUGAUUUAUUCCAGGUCUGUGGGGACUGGUAAACAAUGCUGGAAUCCUAACUGUUGGACCUGUCGAGUGGAUACCGCUUGACGCCUACAAAAAAGUUGCGGAUGUCAAUUUAUGGGGCCUGAUCGAUGUGACUAAAACAUUCUUACCAUUGGUAAAAAGAGCGAAGGGACGGAUCGUCAUCGUUAGCAGCAUAGCAGGUAACAUGAUAGUCAACUCUACGGGUGUGGGCGAGGGUAGAAGGGCGGAAAAGAAAAUCCUUAUGUUUUUCAGGGCUUCAAAGGGCAUUCGAUUGAGUGACACAAGCAAGAACUGACGGAUAAAAUGGUCGUUGAAAAGUUACAGUAAACGUCAAAAAAUGGCUGUUUACUGUAACCCGCGAUCAUGCAUUCGUUUUGCGACUGAAGCCCACGUUGCGACUGAAGCCCACGAAAACGCCAGUGACCAAACCGAGAGUGCUUUCAGUUUUUCAUCUGAUUGGUUGAGGGGAUUGUCCGAAGUUCUGGACCAGUCCGAAGCAAAAAUAAGACCAUCACGGAUUAAUUGCGACACAGUUGGAAAUUUCCCCAAAACAUGUUUCAAAAUGUUAACAAAUAUUUUCUUGGUGUGAACAUCUGUCGUACGACUGUCGAUAGACUACAAAGUUUAGCUCACGCUUAUGUUAUAAGGUCUAUAAGGUACAGGUGUACCUUAUACAUCUGCCCUUGGUAACUUUCCAGGCUACACAACAGUAACCGUGGAGUUACCGGAUGUCAAAUGUCAUUCCUAAUUGAGUUAUGUGAACGUUAAUCCCAAAUCCCGACAGUAUUUUGUAAAGCAGCUUAAAUGACGAAAUAGCGGGAAUCUGCACAUAUAGUACAUAAAUGUAAUCCGUUUACAGACGCAAUGCAGAAGAGCUUUUGACACUUUUUGAGACCACACGAGUUGUGUCGCGCUCUCAGUUUAAGGAGACGAGGUAAAAACAGCAAGCGAGAGGCUGCGGUUAUCGGGGAAACGGCUAAGUUCUAUUUUUUUCGCGUCAUCGAUUAUUUUGCGGGCGCCCAAUUUCUCGUUAGCCUCCCCUGACUGAGAUAAAAUGGAACAGGAUAAAUUUGGCCCGCUUUUAAUCUGAGGCUCUUGGUGAUUAACAUGAACUUUACCCCGUUGCACUGUGAAUGCCAAUGACAGCUAAACCUCCUUGAAUAUGACAAAAAUUGGAUCAACAUCAAUAUCUGGGCAACUACCCCCUACCCCUCCCCUAACCCAACAUUAACCCUUACUUGUCAUCAAUUGACUGUUGUUGGGUUAGGGGAGGGGUAGGUGGGCAGUUGCCCAGAUACUGAUAUUGAUCCCAAAAAUUAAACGAAUAUUCCCUCACAGCAAGUCUAUGAUUUAUUUUAGCAGUAGAUUGCCUCUUGAACGUCAAGUCAUUGCGUCCUGUUAAAUGAUAACUGAACUUGAGUAUUACUGAAAUGUUCUUAGCAUUUGAACAAGUUUUAUUCAGCCAACUCUCUCUUUUUGCCUCUCAAGGUGUUGUUUCACCUCAAGCAUUCUCACCGUACUGCAUAUCCAAAUAUGGCGUGGAGGCGUUUGCAGAUGCAUUGAGACGUGAGAUGCGCCCUUUUGAUGUCCAGGUCAGCGUAAUAGAGCCGGGUGCCACACGCACUCCGAUUGUAAACGAUGAGUUGUUGAGUGCUCGCCUAAAACAAUUUUGGGACAAUCUAACGGAGGAGAAACAAAGGGAAUACGGCAAACAAUAUCUUGAGAACGGUAAGUAUGGAUAUCCUAGUUGCGGUUGGAAAAGAUUUGGGUAACUUGACCUGGAGCGAACUAGCUAGCGAGAGAGAAUUCUCUCGCCUCUACCCUCAUAAUUUUCAGUUAAGAUGACCAUUCAUUGCUUAAUCCCAAAUUGAACUCAACCUGGUGCGGGUAAGCCUCGGUGAAUGGUGGCAUAUGGCUUUCGCUUUUCCGUGACAUGAUCGAAGCAAGGAAACCCAUUUAUGGUUAAUGAUUGAUAGAAUAUCUCAAUGGAAUGUAGUGCAAACUGUGGUGUUAAAAUACAGAUAUUGUAAUUUACCUUCAAUCCUGCAAUUUACCGGUUUAUUUUUAUGAUUUCAGUGACGAAUGGUUUUCGUGAUUGGUGCAAAUCCGCAUCUGAGCAAGUGAGUCACGUCAUCGACGGCAUUGUGUCUCCUCUGACGUCACAGAGUCCGAAGAAGCGUUACGUUAUUGGCCAGGAUGCAUGGAAGCUGAAAUUUCUUUCCUACUUGCCUGAGUCACUUCAAGAUUUUGUCCUGAGAGAAUUUCCGUUCAAGGCGGUGGUCCCAUCUGACCGAGACAUGUUUGAAAACUCUUAUAUGAAUGGUUCAGCCCAUUGAAGAAUUCCAUUGAAGAAAUAAUUAAUUCCACGGCCCUAGAGACCAUUCAAUAUCUAUCACCCUAGGGAUGGUCGGAGGAUUCUUUUUGCGGGGAGGAUAGCAUGGUUUUGAGGAGGGACAGAGGGGGGAUAAGUCGUCGCCAACAGAGUAUUAUAACAAGGGGACUAUAGAAAAUUGACUGCUAAUGAGGAGGGGGGGGGGGGUCAUGCGAAUAUUACAGAGCCUUCUGGUAGAUCAGGUAGAUAUCAUCGUGACACAACCAAAAUCCACCGACCACCCCUCCCCCUUCCCCCCCCCACCCUCAUGCGAUUAAUAACUAGAAGUUCUCUUUCUUAAUGUUUUCAAAAGAAUUGUCCACCGAAUCCUUUUUUUGUGACCGGAGGUAUAACUUAGAUAAAAAAUUGUUUUUUAUGGUUAUUUAUACAUUGUAAAGCUGUUAUAUAGUCGUACAACAUUCUGUGAGUGACUCCGUAGUGUAUACAAUUUAUUCAAUUUUCAGCUAUCAUGAGUUGAUUUGAAGUAAAUAUUGUUUUUAAAGAUAAGCCAUCCCACUUUAUAGGAAUUAAGUAAAAAAAAACAAAAAAACUCAGGAAGUGUUUUUCUAUCAUGAAGAAUUCGUUUGAGUUUUUAGGAAAGAAAACUUGUUGCAGUGAGAAAAUUAAAUAAUCUUCAUUUCCUUAAGGAGCCUGCAUUUGAACGCUUUCCCUUUAGUUAGGUUUGACAAUCAAGUCAUGCGAAUACUUAACUUCGAUCAGUCUUAGGAUCAGUCUCUUCAAUAAUUUAAUUUUCAAACUAUGAACCAAGAACUUGAAAUAACUUAAUAAUUAAUUACUUUAAUCACGUUUGUAUCAUAUUGUUAAUUUGUUGGUAUCUUAAUUUCCCAAGUUAUCUUUUACUGGAACCUGUCUUGAGCAUUUAUAUCAAUAAAUUAUCUAUGAAAAUUCAGGUGGUUGAGUAAUUGUUUUUCUAGUGGAGGUGGGGGAUGCGCUGUGAUUACUUUGAAAUUUUCUCCUAGACACACUCUGCUAUUAAGAAAAUGGGAGACGUACCCUUGCUAAUCGAGAAAGUUGGAGGGGUGACCCCCACCCCCUUCUCGAGCAGGCAGCGUGAGUGGUGUUCAGAACGGCAUAAAUUCUCCCUUAGCUUUUCCCUCCUCUCUACCCUCGUGCAUUAGCCGUGAAAACUACCCUCCCCCCUUGAAAACACCCUUGUCUCCAGGAUCAUCAAAUGGCGUCGAUAAUAACAACGUUGUGUCUUGUGGUAAUGAGCGUGGCAGCUACCUACUACAUCUUGAAAUGGGUUUUCCUGUAUCUUCGCGGAGAUGAGGGGGAAAUCGGAGGAAGAGCGAACAAAAACGUUCUAAUAACGGGAUGCGGGUCAGGAUUCGGCAAAGAGAUCGCGCUGCGAUUAGAUCAGCUGGGAUUUCGUGUGAUUGCAACUUGCAGAACUAAAGCUGGGGAGGAAUCGGUCAGGGCCAUUUGCAGUGACAGGGUGAAGACGUACUGCAUGGAUGUUACGAAUGUCAGGCAAGUUCACGAGGUCUUUGAAAGCAUCAAGAACGAGAUUCCGGCUAAUAAAGGUAAUUCGAUAGAUCUUUAAGUUGAAGAUAAGAAUUUCAAUUACGUUGCUUUGUUUCUUGUUAGGCCAUUAAAACCCAAAUCUCGUCUCUUCAUUACAUUUAAUAUAUCGAAAUUCCUCCGCAGAGAACAGACUCAUGAUUUACUGUUAAAGUAUCAUUUUCCUCGUACUCUAAGAGCCGGAAAUCAAUCGAACUAGUCAAUCAUACUUAUUUUUAAAGUGAUGAGAAGAGCCGAGGGGGCAACAGACAUGUUUUGAAUAUGCAGACAUCGCCGUUCAAACCUUGUCUAGUAAAAUUGCUGUCUGUGCAGGCAGGGGUGAGAACUCAACUCUUGUUUUGAUCAGUUCCGUGAAUUAAUUUCCGAAUGGUGUUUGACGAUAAUAAACGAAAAGCUAAAUCAAACUUACACUUUGUGCGACGAUAUCUAGUGAUUUAAUAAGCAGUCACUGAUUUCCGUAUUUCUCCUGCUUUAUUUUAAUUAGUUACAACUUUUCAUUUUCAGUACUCGAACGCCAUUAUCGGCGAGGUUAAGUCAGGGAACUAGUUUUGUUCUCGAUCAGCUGAGUUUCUCAUGCAAUAAAAUAAUAAUUAUGGGCGGCAUAAUGUUGAAUAACCAGUUUCAUCGAAGGUCAAAACUAUGGCAGACCCGCUUGCAUGUAAUGUACAUAGAGUUGAAUAACAAAUCUUCUGUCACGAAAUCUUUUUAAUGAAAGAUUAGAUUUGAAUUUUAAUGUAAAAAUCAUACACUGUGACUAAAAAUGCUCGGCAGCCGGGCACGUUCUCAAAUAGACUAAUUAUAAAUGCUCGACAGUCAGAAGGUUUCGCUGAAUUUCCACCUAAAGGUUCUUUCAAACUUCUCAAAAGUAUCAUGUCUUUGUUUAGAAAUGUCAAGUGAUUCAAAAAUAGUGGACUAAUUCUUCUACCGGGUACGGUCUCGAAUGGACUAAAUGCCUUGCAGUAAGAAAUUUUUACCAACGUGCCACUGAAAGGUUCCUUGAAACUUUAAAGAUGAUCAGAUUUUGGUAUAGAAAUGUCAAGCGAUUCCAAAAAUUAAUUUGGUUUAAUUUAAGUGGACAAUUUCUCUAAGCUUGAGCAUACUAAAAUAUAUGUAAUUACGAUAAUUUAUUCCAGUUUUGCUUUUCAAGAGUGAUUGAAGACGAAUGACAGUAGAUUGGUUUUCUGAACAACGGGAACAAGUCUCCAUUUCACUUUUUUUAACCAGAAAUUGGGUCGCCAACGAUCCGAAGAAUUAAUAAAUAGGUAGAGUUUACUAAUACAACAUAAAAUAGAUGAACAACAACAUUUUGUUGAUUGACUUUAGGUAACUCUAUACAUUGUAUAAAUUAAUGCAUUCGAAAAACAGAUUCCCAUACGGCUUUUCUUUUUCGAAAAGUUGAAACUGGGUGACUUUGAUCGGGCAGGCACUAAUUUAAUUUUAAAGUUACAAACAAUACCUCUCGGACCCGAAACAUUUGCACGUGUUACGCUCUGUCGCUGACUGCAGGAUCUCGCGAGACAACGAAAAAUGCUAAGAGAUCGCCAUCUGAUGUUUUCCUCUUAUCCCCGAGAAACGUCUGUGGAUGCAUUACGUACUGUAACCUACGGAACAAGCGUAACUUUUUUCCGAGCUCCUUGCCUCGUGCGUGACCCCCGCAUCGCGCUCGUCUCGUGCUUGCUUCCGCCUUACAAAGACGCAAACAAAGUUACGCCUGUUGAGCAGGCUAUGCGUACUGCUGUUUCACUGUCGUAGAUCGGUUCGCUUUACGUGAAUGUUUAUAGGUUUAGACUUUUUAUUUACCGAAUGAGGCUAAGCUACCUAGAAGGCGCAGCGUCAAAAUGGUUGACAGCUAGUAGUGUUAUCAUGGGCCUCAACAGAAAAAUCUAUGUUAUGAUUUGUUGGAGAAUAAUACACCGUAAUAGUGCUGCAACGUAACUCAUGUCAUACUGGUGUGUCUGUUGACCUCCAUAGGAUUGUGGGGACUGGUAAACAACGCUGGAAAACUGACGGUGGGCAUGAUCGAGUGGCAGCCACUAGAAAGUCUUAAAGAGAUUGCUGAUGUAAAUCUUUGGGGAAUGAUAUGCGUCACGAAAACUUUUCUACCGCUUAUCAAAAGGGCUCGCGGACGCGUAAUCAACGUGGGAAGUAUAUUGGGUGAGUCUCAAGUGACUCCAUGUAAACUUAAACCUUAUAAUUACACUUGUCCAAAUCAUGACAAAAAAAUAAAUAGAUUCAUAUUUACAUUCGGAGUACCGUCACACUGACUUAGCGAGCUCUUUCUCCGAAAUUACGGAAGGAUGAUUAUCAGUCAAAGAUAAUGGCUGCGGGAAAGCUUUCAAAAAUUAAAAGUAAAUAGAUAACGUAAAAGAUUGUUUAGUAUGAGAUACAUAUAGUAAUGUUGGUCCCUUGACAUUAGUCAAGAAAAGGGCUAAAAUAUGACUGAAAGAAAUUGGUCCUCUGUUUCCUCUCUUGUUCGAGUGCCCACUUAUUUGAAGGUUGCAUUGAAUUAAAGAAACAUAAGUUUCCCAGAUCUAAUGCGGUUGUGUCUUAUAAGUUACCUUAAAACGGUGACAACCAUUAGACGCAGAAACAUCAUACGAUUUAAAAAAGCGAGCCCGCGACUGCAGUAUUUUUGUGCGCAAUGCAUAACAUGUCUCUGGUUUAACGAUCUCUGUUUUUUUCUCACAGGUCGAAUUACUCUUCCUUAUAUGACUGCCUAUUCUAUCUCCAAGUAUGGCGUGGAAGCCUUCUCUGAUGCUCUAAGGCGGGAAAUGCGCCCCUGGGGGGUAAAUGUGAGUAUCAUUGAAGCUGGAGCUCACAAAACCAAAUUAGUCAGUGGGGAUGUGCUGGUUAAUCAGUGGCAGUCUUUGUGGGACGGGCUAAAUGAAGAAUUGAAAGAAGAAUACGGCCAUGAAGGACUACAGAAAGGUAAGAUGCCGUGUUACGAAAAAAACUGUCCUAGCUCUUCCGCAACAAAGUGCAAUGUAUCUUUCUAUACCUGGUGCACUCCAUUUUUUGUUUUAUUUUCUGAACUUUCCUUUUCUUCUUUUGCAGGUCUGAUAUCUUUAAAGUCAUUGGACUCUGUAGCCUCGCCGCGCACACACAAAGUAGUCAACAGUGUCGUCCACGCCCUUACUUCACGAAAUCCACAGACACGUUAUGUCAUUGGCUUAGAUGCCAAGGCCUUGGUGUGGUUAUCCAUGUUACCGGCUGGUAUAACUGACUUCCUAUUCAGGAUCAUGGCACUUUCACCGGAACCAAGAUUAAAGAAAAACAAUAGGAACGAGGUUACAACUUGAGACCCUUUCCUGUGAUAGGAAGUAAAUCAGAAGCUCUGGAUCAGGAUCAGAAAACCAACAAAAGCGUCACGGUGGUUUUUAUUGCAAGUUGGAGCAGCAUCGUCUGUAGUGGUAUUCGAUUAGGCUCAUUUGUGGUUGUUGUGACUUGUAGGUCAAAUCGAGCUCGUUGCGAAAAUGUUGGGAUAAUCAGAGAUUUUCUAGUCUCCGCCGAUGCAGAUAUAGAAUUGGAACAAUUUUCUACCACAGAAAGCAGCACAGCAGACAGCAAUCGAAGACUGAAUCAAGUCAAAGGUAGACAAACUACAAAUCUUAAAGACAUUGCCUAUCCAUAAACAUGUGAGAUGUUGAAGGAGAACAUGUAAUAGAGGAUUUACAAGCCUGUAACAGCGUAGUUAUCUGGAAAAUUAGGUAAAUUAGAUCCUUCUCAAAAUAUUUAGUAUCAACCUUCCCUUCUUUCAAAAUAUAUGUAAUGGCAUCGGCACGUUUACUUACAAGAGAGGCGUACUGAAACUGAAAGAAUGAUUCAAGAAACGAAUGAAUGAACAAACGAACGAAUGAAUUAAUAAACAUUUAUUUAUGUAUUCAGUAACGUUAAAUAAAAGAUCGAUGAAUAGAUUUCUUAAUUAAAAAUGAACGAACAAAUAAACUUUCCUGACAACAAGGUAGAUUACAUUUAGAACUGACCAGGCUAUUUCUAGAACCCAGCUCUCUCUCUCUUCGUCUCUAUUUCAAAGAUAUUCUUGACUCGACAGGGAGAGCCAUGAACCUCGCAAGUUUUGUUACCUUUCUUCCUUCAUGGCUUAUUGUGAUUAUUAUUGGAAUAGUAACUUUCUAUUCUGCAACAUAUCUGUUGCCGAAGUCGAAGAUUGAUUUAACUGGGAAAUGUGUCUUGAUUACUGGUUGUGAUCAGGGCUUCGGUCGUGAAACAGCUAUUCGACUGGACAAGAUGAGAGCUUGCGUGAUUGCAACUUGUUUAACGAAAGAAGGAGAACAGAGUUUGAGAUCAGUUACGAGCGAGAGAUUGAAAACUUUCCAGAUGGAUGUAACAAGCUCUGAGCAGAUUAGAGAUGUGUACAGCGAAGUCAAGAAAGAAAUUUCUACUGGUAAUAAUAUACUGUAUUUCCCUGCUUGACGUUUAACUUGGUACGAUUUCUAAGACAUGAGUCAGAUAAGGCCGAAUUAUUUUAAGAGUAAUUUCCACUUUUUCAGCUGCAGAAAAGGUUUUUUGUCGAGUGUUUCUUUUCUCAAAUAGCGUUGCGUGAUGAUAGUGGAUGUCACGCGACGCGUCACCUUUGGUAACUAUUGCGUGAUGCUUGUGGCCAGUCCACAUUGGUACAAACAGCAACUGGCUGGCGGCCUUUUUAGUAAUUCAACCACAAGUCAAAUUGUAGCAGUUAUGCAGGCAAACUAGUAAAUCCAGUAUUUACUCCUGAUAAAUCAGUUUUACUUAAAAUGAUUACAUUAUUCAGCAAUUUAUUUUACCUUAUAAAUAUUAAGAACCUUUUCAGAGAAGACUCCCUCAGGUGUUUUUAGGAAAACCUUGCUUGAUCACACUUGCAUGCUUCACGGAAAAGGAACUUGUUUCUAGGAGGAAGGUGUUGUAUUAUGAUUGCAUAACAAAAUUACCUUGGCCUGAACUGUGGGAUGUGGUUCAGAGUUGAGAGCUUUGAGAUCAUAACCUCAGUAAUGACAAACCCUUCCUUAAAAGUCACUUAAAACGGAGAAAAUUAGGACUUAUCUCAGAGAUACAGUUUGAUCUGAUUAGCCAAAUUGAAUGGCUUUGUGUACAGAAGGUGGGCACAUAUUAUACCACUGUUUACUGGUUUUGAACAAUUUUAAGAGCAGCAUACAUUUUGAUCUGAUUUUUCAAAGAUAUGCCCAAGAACUGACAAUGUGUGGUUGUUGGGUCUGUAAUGGAGGUUGAUCCUCAUAUUUGAGAGAGAUCUCAUUUUUUUCCUUAGCUGGAUUGUGGGGACUGGUAAACAAUGCAGGAAUUCUAUCUCUCUGUCCCAUUGAGUGGACACCCAUGGAAGUCUUCAAACACUCAGCAGAUGUUAACCUGUGGGGUAUGAUUGAUGUUACUAAGACCUUUUUGCCUCUGGUAAAGAAGACUUCUGGACGAGUGGUAAACUUAUCAAGCAUGGCAGGUGAGGGAUAACAGAUAUAUAGUAAGAUUCACUACUUCAUUAAAAGCAGUAUCAUGUAGUGAAUUAGUAGAAAUUUUGGAUUGUUGAUUGCAGAAUUAAGGUCAAGGAUAACUAGUGAUUAAAGAGACAAACUUUGUACAAAAUAAUAAAUAAAAUGAUUGUGAGGUUCACACUUAAAUGAUCAUGUGUGGAGGGGACAAACAAAUUGGGCAUGUCUCUUAAUGAAUUGCUAAAUCAAAGCCUUACUUGGCACAAAUUCACUGAGGGAAAUUACUUUGUAAGAGUUUGAAAAAAGACAGAGUAGAUAUCAUCAGUGACUUUUUAAGCACCAAUAGAUGAACAGCUUGUACUGUAACAGACAAAAAUAUGUUUGCAUAAAAAAAAUAAAAACAAACAAAAAAACAGACAUCUGACACUUAUUCUUGAUAUGUUGAAGCCUAAACAUACUUCCUUUUACUUGCAUGUGGAUGAAUCAGUAGAAGAACUAAUAUUAAAUUUGACCUAGUUUUCAAGGUUACUUCCAUAACUCACUCCUAAUUUGGAAUUUUCAACUAUGUUGAUAAUGUAAAUUGGCCACUGUAAAAAGUUUCAAAGCUGAUGUUUCAAGCAUUAGACCUUCGUCAUUUGCUCUGAGGAAGGGCUAAUGCUCAAAAUGUCAGCUUUGAAACUCUUCAAAGCCAAGAGGCCAAUUUACAUUAUCAACUCAGUUGAUAAUACUCAAUAACCCUGUUAUACUCUCCCACUGAUGCAGCACCACAUUUUCUUAAGAAAUUUACCCCCUUUAUUCAUUGCUCCUAAUUGUGUUAGUUUUAUGCUUUGUUAAUUUUUUUUAAUUGCAUACCAACAGGACUUAUUUCUGGAAAUUUUUAUGGCUCAUAUUCUGUAAGCAAAUAUGGUGUGGAGGCAUUUUCAGAUGCUCUGAGACGUGAAAUGCUUCCUUGGGGAAUCAAAGUCUGCAUUUUAGAGCCAGGAUCGUUUUUGACCAACAUUUGUGCCCCAGAUAUGUUUGAGCGACAGUUGAGGGAGGGGUGGAACAAACUGACUGAUGAUCUAAAGGAUGAAUAUGGAGAGGAAUACCUUGACAGAAGUAUGAACAUUUAUACAUUUCAUACAUUCAUAUCAUACAUUUUAACAGAAAAUCAGAGGAGAAAAUUGUGUGAAGCAAAGACGUUAAUCUCAACUCAAAACAUUUUCAGGCCUUAUUUUCACUACUGCCUAAGAAGUGCACAUUACUGCGAGGAUCACUUUCAUUCACAUCUUUAUCGGCAGUUCAAAUAUAUGACUUUCAUAUAUUCUUAACCGUUUAUUUCAUCACUUCACGGGUUUAUUUAGAACCAACAUCAUGACCAGCUCCCAGUUGGCUUGUUAGCUCAGUUGGUAGAGCGCUGUACCAGUAUCACAGAGGUCAUGGGUUCAAAUCCCGUACAGGCCUGAAUUUUUUUCAGGCCUUAUUUUCACUACUGCCUAAGUAGUGCACAUUACUGCGAGGAUCACUUUCAUUCAAGUCUUGUAUGUCUUUGCCUGUGAUUAUGCAAGCUGAAUCUUUUUUUCUCUUCACCUGACAAAAUUUGUGACUGAAAAUAAUGUGCUGAUCACUUUUGUAGCUAAACUUAAACCUGGGUUUUUUGCAGGUAUUGAAAUUAUGAGAGAUGGAAUAUAUCGUAUGUCAAACAUUAGCCAAGUUGUUGACACGAUAGUGGAAGCCCUAACAUCAAGUUCACCAUCUGACCGUUAUUUGGUUGGAAUAGAUGCAAAGUUUCUUCUUGUAUGGUUAGCACAGCUGCCAGCAUCUAUUGCUGACUUCAUUCUCCAUCUAGCUUUUAAUCCACCUAAACAGCAAGCUGCAUUAUCUUAG